AUGAAGCUCUUUUUACCCACCUUCGCUAUCAUUGCAUCUUUAGCAGUUGCUGAGAACUGCCAGAAAGAUCUCACGUAUUGCUCUACUAGCCUUCUGGGAAAAGGCGAUUACCACCAACAAAUCCUGCAAGCUGUUGAUGACUACGGCUACAGUUCUCCAAACUGGAAUUAUGACUAUUUCCUCUACUACUGCAAAGGUGGCUCUAAGGGAGAUAUUGAAAUAGUAGAGCGUUGCAAGAAUGGAUGCAAAGAUGGUGGAUCGAAUAAGAGCGAUUCUUGUAAAUGA